UCUGUUUUGUUUCGAAAAACCAACACCCACUCGUAAACACACUUGUAUUGUACCAACUGCUUCUUCAACCAUAUUGCAUAUGGGGCUUUCCCACUGGAGUUCAGCUCCACCAUCCUCUUCUUUAUCCAUGCAUGCUUUUAUCCUUCUCUUGUGCUGUGGCUUCUUAGUGGUUGGGGGGAAUAAUGUGACAGACCGGUUGGCGUUGCUUGAGUUCAAAGCCAAGAUUACUCAGGACCCUUUCGGGGUUAUGACAUCUUGGAAUGACAGCAUCCACUUUUGCCAAUGGCAAGGGGUUACUUGCGGUCGCCGACAUCAGAGGGUUACUGUGUUGGACCUACAAUCUUCAAAACUGGUAGGCUCUAUAACACCACAUGUUGGAAAUUUAAGUUUUUUGAUAAAUCUAACUCUCCCAAACAACAGCUUUCAUAGUGAAAUCCCUCCAGAAAUUGGCCGUUUACGCAGAUUGCAAGUCUUACGAUUGGACAAUAACACACUUAACGGCAAAAUUCCUAGCAACUUGUCUGGUUGUGCAAACCUCAUCGACUUUCGGGUCGGCUACAACCUUUUGAUGGGAGAAAUCCCUACAACACUUGGCACCUGGUCAAAGCUCCGAUACUUUGCUCUUUACAAAAAUAAUAUCACAGGAACCAUCCCAUCUUAUUUUGGAAACUUAUCAUCACUAGAAAAGUUUUCUCUAGUUGAUAAUAACUUGGGUGGUAAUAUCCCUGAAUCUUUUGGCCAAUUAAGUAAGCUUGCAUUCUUUUCUGUGGCUCAAAAUACAUUGUCAGGUACAAUUCCUCUCUCAAUCUUCAAUCUGUCUUCAUUAAACCACUUUAGUGUAGAAUUCAACAAAAUAGAAGGGCGUCUUCCGUUGGACAUAGGUAUCACUCUACCAAAUAUCGAAGUAUUAGGCAUCUCUCGCAACCAAUUUACUGGAUCAAUCCCCAUUUCAAUAUCUAAUGCCACAAAUCUAGAAUAUAUAGGAUUCAAUGAAAAUAAAAUAAGUGGAAAAGUUCCUUCUUUGGAGAAGCUAAAUAGACUUAGAAUUUUUCUCAUUGCGAUCAACAAUCUUGGAAAUGAAGGGGCAAACGACUUGAGUUUUAUCUGUUCUUUAACAAAUGCCACCAAUAUAGAUAAAUUGGACAUAGGUCUCAACAACUUUGGGGGAGAGUUCCCCAAGUGCAUUGGAAAUUUCUCAACUACUCUUAAGGUCUUAAAUCUAGAAAGUAAUAAAAUAUUUGGAAGUAUUCAUUCUGAAAUAGGAAAUUUGAUCAACUUGGAAGAUCUUGAAAUAUUUCAUAACAAAUUAUCAGGUAAUAUUCCAUAUGAAAUUGGAAAGCUCCAAAAGAUACAGUAUUUGGAUUUAUCUCAAAAUAACUUUUUUGGGAAUAUUCCAUCAUCUCUUGGAAAUUUAACGAUUGUGAUAUACUUGCGCUUAUUUGAGAAUAAUCUUCAAGGCAGCAUUCCUUUAAGCCUUAAAAAUUGUCGAAAUUUGUUAGAGCUAUAUCUUAAUAAUAACAAUCUCACUGGUUCAAUAUCAUCGCAAGUCAUUGGUCUCUCAUUCUCACCAACUUUUCUAGAUUUGUCUACCAACCAAUUCACUGGUGUCCUUCCUAUGGAAAUAGGAACUUUAAAAAAUCUAGAAUUUUUAGAUAUUUCUAAAAACAUGUUGAUUGGUAAAAUUCCAACAAGUCUUGGAAGCUGCAUAAAGUUGGAAUUUUUAGACAUGAGAAAAAACCUCUUCCAAGGGAUCAUUCCUCCAUCUUUGGGAUCAUUAAGAGGUCUUCAAGAAUUAGAUCUUUCUAAUAAUAAUUUGUCUGGCCAAAUUCCCGAAUUUUUGGAGCACUUUGUCUUCUUGCAAUUUCUAAAUCUAUCUUACAACCAUUUUGAGGGUGAGGUACCAAAAGAUGGAAUUUUCAAGAACAAGAGUGCAACCUUCAUUACGGGAAAUGAUAAGCUUUGUGGGGGCAUUCCUAAAUUUCAGCUUCCUAAAUGCAAACACGAAAAAUCCAAAAAGAAGAAGUUGACCCAUACAUUGAAGUUAAUAAUCUCUAUAUUUUUUGGGCUUCUUGGAGCAACUUUGGUUGUGUCACUUCUACUUCUUCGGUCUUUAACAAAGAAAAGAAAGGAAAACACCUUAAGUGACUCAAGAAAUUUUCUCUUGAAUCUAUCUUACCAAAGUCUUCUAAAUGCAACCGAUGGGUUCUCUUCUGCCAAUUUAAUUGGUGUGGGUAGCUUUGGGUCUGUGUAUAAAGGAAUUCUUGAUCAAGGUAGACAUAUAGUUGCUAUUAAGGUGCUCAACCUUUUGCAUCAUGGAGCUUCCAAAAGUUUCAUAGCAGAGUGUGAGGUUGUACGAAAUGUUAGACAUCGAAAUCUUGUCAAGGUGCUUACAUCAUGUUCUGGCAUUGACUAUCAAGGUAAUGAUUUUAAAGCUUUGGUAUAUGAGUUCAUGGCAAAUGGCAACCUAGAUGAAUGGUUGCAUCCAACUCUAAAUCCAAAUGAGACUCUUGAGGAACCAAGGAAUUUGAGUCUUUUUCAAAGGCUGGAUAUUGUCAUAGAUGUUGCUAAUGCGUUGGAUUAUCUUCAUCACCAUUGCCAAACACCAAUAGUGCAUUGCGACCUCAAGCCUAGCAAUGUACUUCUUGAUGAUGAAAUGAUUGGACAUAUAGGUGACUUUGGCUUGGCAAGAUUGCUUUUUGAUGCCACCCAAGAAUGUUCUAUUGAUCAUUCAAGCUCCAUCGGAGUAAGAGGCACAAUUGGUUAUACUCCUCCAGAGUAUGGUGUGGGAAAUGAAGUGUCAAUAUAUGGUGAUGUCUAUAGUUACGGGAUAUUAUUAUUGGAGAUGUUCACUGGAAAAAGGCCUAUUGAUAAGAUUUUUCAAGAUGGCAUUAAUCUUCAUUACUUUGUUAAAGAAGCUUUGUCGGAAAGAAUAAUUGACAUUGUAGAUCCUAUCCUUCUUCGGGAAAGAGAAUUAGGAGAGACAAGGAUGAAUGACCUUAAUCAUUAUGAAGGUCAAGAUGGAAGUCUAAAAAUUCAAGAAUGCUUUGCUUUGAUACUUGGAAUUGGAGUUGCUUGUUCGGUUGAAUCUCCAAGAGAAAGGAUGAACAUAAGUGAUGUUAUAAUUAAGCUACAUUCAAUUCGACAAAAACUUAUUGGAACUAACGUACGCAGACAAAGGCUUCAAGCCACAGGUGCACGAGGAUGAUGACUUAUUAAGAAGGUUGUUGUUGCAAUAAGACAACUGGUAUCAAAGCCUAAGGUUAGGUUUGAGUGGGAGCAAUGGCAGAGGAAGCAGGAAAGGCG